UAACUCUUGAACGGUUGCACAUUUUUAGACGAAAUUUAAAAUCUGUCGAUGAAAUUCGGUAUAGCUUCCUAUGAAAUUCUAAAAUCCAAGAUAAUACUAACAGUAAAAAAUCCUAGGAGGGCGGAUCAGGAAAAUGCUAAUUUUUUUCGCAAACUCCGAGUGCAAAUUUUUUUUGAUAAAAUUCCAUCAUUUGAACUCAACAUCACCCUCUAUGAGUUUCAUUUGGGUCCCAUGCUCAAAAGUCAAGAUUCAGCAUACUGAAAAAUCCUGGAUAUGUCACUGUCUCAUAGCGAUAUACUCAUAACCAUACUAUGAAGUUGACCGGCAUUCGAUAGUCUAAAUUGUUGCAAUAAAAACAAAAACAUCAGGAGAAGUUUUAAGAUUAGUUAAUAUGAAUAUGUUUUUGUAAAAUUUAUAUUGCUCAUAGUCAAUAUUAUUUUUCUUCUUUUGUAGUAAUUACUGAUGAAUUAUUAUUUUCAUCAUCAGAAUUAUCAUAUCUUGAUGAAAAAUCUCUUGAAAAAUUUGAACAAUUAAAUCGAAUGAAUCCAUUUUUAUUUUCACCACGUCAAUCACCAAAAUCAUAUUCACUUGAAUUAAUAUAUAUGUUAUUACAUGAAUAUAAUGGUGAUUUACCACGUACAUUAGCUGCUUUACUUGAAGGUACAGUUAACGAUAUAAAACAAUGUCGACCAUUGCAUUCUUAUCAUUUUCUUGACUGUGAUAAAUGGACAAAAGAAGAAAUUGAUGCUUUUACAAAAGCAAUGCAAACAUCAGAAAAAAAUUUUCAAUCUAUUAGUCGAGCAGUUGGAACAAAAAGUAUAAAACAAUGUAUUGAAUUUCAUUAUAUGCCAAAAAUCAGUAAAACUGCUCGAAAAAUAGUAUCAGCAAGAACAAGUUGUGUAAUGACUAGACGAAAACGAUAUCAAAUAAUUAAAGCAAAACAACAAUUUGAUGAUGAAAUUUCAUCAUCGUCAUCAUUUAAUGAAUUUCGCUUGGAUGAUGAUGGUGGUUCAACAGUGAAUAGUGAUAGUUCUCCUGCAGCUCAAUUUUCCUGUGAUAUUGAUGAAUGUUCACAAACAUUUACUACUGACCGAGCAUGUCGUGCUCAUCGUAAUAGUCAUCGUCGAACUAAUAAUAACAUGACGUCAUGGACAACUACAAAACGAAGUCGACAUAUUGAUUGA